AUGGAGAGCCACACGAGUGAUCAACGAGCCGUCAUAAGCGAACCAACGCAGCAGAAUGAGCUGGGCGACGUGCUGAGCCUGCUGCAAACGAAGGAGGGUAACACACCAGUCCUGUCUGAACGCGAGCAGUUGAUUCUCACACUUUUUGAUCAAGAGGAAGAGCUACGCCUCGAGUCUAGCUUGUACGAAACUCAAAAUGCGGAUGAUGAUAUCCAAGCACAGCUUGCCGUCGCAGAGCAGGAACUGCUGGAGGCCAGAGCAGCGUAUGCUCUGCGGAAUAGGAUCGUGCACAACGUCCUAAUCACUCAUCCAGUGCUUAAGGCCGUUCACGCAGAGCCGAAUGCGGAUCCGGCUGAGAGGAGACUGCUCUCCUUGGUUCAUGAUAGAGAUGUUCUCGCCAUGUUGCACAACGAUACAACAACCAGGCUCUCCACAGCGGCAGUAGAGCUCACAAAAGCUGAGCGCGGAAACGUCAUCGCCAACGAGAAAAACCGAGAGCUAACACAGACUUUGCUGGCCCUUGCUGAAGAGACGAAGUCCGAGAAGACCGAAGUAGUGCAGGACCCGAAACUCCGCUCCAAGUUAGAAGGUCUUGACGCUCAGAUUCGGGCGUCGCGUCGGGAAUGGCGGACCAUGAAAGGCAUCACUGCUGCUGUAAUCGCGGGCAGCGGAGUGGACUGGGCGCGUGAUGAUGCCUUGAGAGGUCUUGUCAUGGAUGACGAGGAAGACCUUGGAUGA